CCUCCGGAAGAACGUCAUAACCCAAGAGUUCUUAUUCAGAUGAUGAAGCACGUGGUAUCUAAAGUUGCGAACGAAGAAGAUGCAUGGAUCCGCAUCAAAGUGGGCACAAAUGACGACCACUUGGCAUAUACAUACACAACAGACGGCAAAUUGUUGACCAAAGAGAGAACUCGCUCAAAGCCGACGGCGGAUCCAGACCCGAAGAAACGAUCGUCAGAUGAUUAUGAGUCGGUCCUCAGAUAUACAGAGGCGACGAGCAGAAAGUUCACCCUCAGACUUUUCGCUGGUAAUGGAGAAGUAGUGGAAACUAUAACUGCAGUGAUAGUCGACCCAAUAACAGGAGACCCGAUCCCAUAUGCUCCAUGGGAUGUAUCAGAAGAGAGCGCCCGAAAUGCGAAUCAGGCAGCGAUUGAGCAGUUAUGGAAUCUAAUACCUGAAAGUGAACGGGAAGACUCGGUAGUCCAAGCGAGCACAUUGAUCAGCAUGAUGAGGCACCGAGCGGAGAUCGACGAAGCGCAUUUCCGACUCACAAGACGAAUGGAAGACGGAUCGUAUAAAACGGUGUUUUACGAUGCUAAGAAAAACCCUUUGUGGGAGGUCGCCUCACCGGGACAGACGAAAGAGACAGCGCACUUGGAAAUUCAGCCCCCGGCACAAGAAGGCGGAGCCGAAGAAACGGAAGAAGCCCAGGGCACAUCGACAAACGUAACUGAAACAGGAGGGGCCAGACGUUCGUUACAAAGAGUACUCGAGAUUGCCCAAGGAAGUCAUGAUCACCUUCAGUGUGAUGAACCAAACUGUGCCCAUUGUAAUGCACCUGGCGACGCUGAACCAGAGUCGGAAGAUGAGGACUCAGCUGAAGAAGAAGUAGACUCAGAUGAGGAAAUGGUCGACAAACAUAAAAAGCCCUUGAGAGUCGCUAAACAGAGGAAAGCGCCUAAAUUGGAAGAAGCUAUGAACCGCGAAAAGGUUAAGAAAGGCGAGUUUCUCAAGAAACGAAGGGAAGAGGAAGAUAAGAAGAAACGAAAGGAGGAAGAAGAUAAGAAGAAAAAGAGCGGUGACGAAAGCGAUAGCACAAGCACCGGGAAGAAGAGGACGGAGAGAGAAAAGAAGGAUAAACCGUCGUCCCAUGAUGUCGAAAUACUGGACGAAUCAGUUGGCGAAGUUGAAGAGAGGUCAUCGACACCUACAACUUCAAAGAAGGUCAUCCAAUCAGCUACAUCAAAAUCAAAGGUCAAUGAGCCUGACUCUCCAAAAACCAAAGGAAAGGUCAUAGCGGUGAAACAAGUCGUCCCCAUUGUCAUUUCCGCAUCUACGCCAAAGGAGCGCAAGGACAAACAGAUUCGUGAAAAAGCGAAACGGGAGACGUCGCGUUAAUCGGAGGCAUCGGAAGUGAGCCUUCCAAGCACUUCGACGGUUAGUGCGAGGUCACAUACGGAUUCGAAAACGACACGAUCAAGGACUACUGAACCAAGAAGUCUAGCGGAGGCUUUGGAUAAAGGGAAAAAAGCAAAGAGCGAACCCGUUAGAACCAAAGGAAAGGGCAAGACAAUUACGAAAAUCGAUGCAUUGGCGCUGGUUAAUUAUACUGAACCGGAUGGAGAGAGCGAACUGGACUUCACCUCGGAUGAAGAAUUUGAUGGUCCAGAUGAUGAUAAUUUGACCACGGUCAAUGAAAUCAUCAACGCGUAUAACGGAGCUGAGAAAAAUUUCACACGAAUAAGAACAGCAUCGGUGACAUCCAAAUUCAAAGCGGGCCUGAAGACAUAUUUGAAGAAACAACGUCGUAGCUUCACUAAACGAAAGUUCGACGUCGUAUUGGAAUUCGCGCGGAACGCAGGAAAACUUAUACAGAAGCACCCGAGUUUUUCGUAUGAGGCCAAGUUGUUCAGACCAGCUAGUUCGGAUAAAGCGCUGACAACUCCGAACGAAGCCGUCCCAAUGCGAGUAGAAAGGGCAAUCGCAGGGAUGACAAGCGCGUUAGGGUCAACGAGUCACCGGAUCAGCCAAUACAUCAACGCAGUUUGGAACGAUGGAAAUGGAAUGAUAAAAGAAAUCGAUACGGCAACUGAGCGUGUGUAGCCGGCAAGAAUGUUAACAUGUUCACGGUUCACGCUGUGAGCAUAUUUGCCGGGCGAAAAUGCUCACGAAUGAGAUUAUGCAGGUCAUGUGCAGAUUUUUCCAGCAAAAUGGCACCAUAACUUAGAAAUGUUUACAGAUAUGAAUUUCUGCUGCUGAAAGUACAAGCGUUCGACUUAUGGCGAAACAUAAAUUUAAAAUUACAGUAUCAGUAAAUGUUUUAGAAAAUUACGAGGAUUUUAAUCAGAUACAUCUCUCUAGACUGCAUGUAUU